UGGAGCAGGCAGGUGUCGAGGACCCGUAGCGCCCGGCGCGCUCCGCACUCCGGGACUCCCAGCCAGUCGGCGGCGCCCCAGCCCGCAGCGAGCGCGGAGGCGGCCCCGGCCAGGACCGGCCCAGACCCCGCCAGAGCGCCCCGCCGCCACCCGGGACCCCCUCGCCGCCCGCCCCCGGCCCCGCCGAGCGCUCCCUCCCGCACAGCACACACGGCCCGGAGGAGAUGGAUUGGAGCACGCUGCAGACCAUUCUGGGGGGCGUCAACAAACACUCCACCAGUAUUGGGAAAAUCUGGCUCACCGUCCUCUUCAUUUUCCGCAUUAUGAUCCUUGUCGUAGCCGCGAAGGAAGUGUGGGGAGAUGAGCAAGCCGAUUUCGUCUGCAACACUCUGCAGCCUGGGUGCAAAAAUGUGUGCUACGAUCACUAUUUCCCCAUCUCUCACAUCCGACUCUGGGCUCUCCAGCUGAUCUUUGUGUCCACGCCGGCUCUCCUGGUGGCCAUGCAUGUUGCAUACCGGAGACACGAGAAGAAAAGGAAGUUCAUUAAGGGGGAGAUAAAGAACGAAUUUAAGGACAUUGAAGAGAUCAAAAGCCAGAAGGUCCGUAUCGAAGGGUCCCUGUGGUGGACCUACACCAGCAGCAUCUUCUUCCGCGUCAUCUUUGAAGCAGUCUUCAUGUACGUCUUCUACAUCAUGUACGACGGGUUCUCCAUGCAGCGCUUGGUGAAGUGCAACGCGUGGCCUUGUCCCAAUACAGUGGACUGCUUUGUUUCCAGGCCCACGGAAAAGACCGUCUUCACGGUUUUCAUGAUCGCGGUGUCUGGAAUUUGCAUACUGCUAAAUGUCACCGAAUUGUGUUAUUUGCUAAUCAGAUAUUGUUCUGGAAAGUCCAAAAAACCAGUUUAACGCAUUACCCAGCCAGUGGAUAAAAGAGAGGGUGAAAAGGAGGAGGCACAGACAGGUGCUUUGCUGUCAAGGCACAGUCACCAGCACUUCCCCGAGAUACAGAUUCCUAUCUUAGACGCAACCAUUUGAAACUGCUCUGGAUCUCAGUGAAACUCCAGAUGCCUCCAACAGAGCUCUCCUCUCCUAAAGCUUGAAAACAAAGGCAUGAUUCUGUGCCUAUACUGAUUUUCACUAAAAUUAGUUCCAGUGAGGCCCCGAGCCGCUAGGGCUUGUGGGUGUAGGCUGUCUCUUAUUUUAAACAAAGGACAUCAGCAUUUCUUUCUCUUUCUUGGAAGAAAGGAGAGAAACGCCGGGUUCUAAAGAGGAUGCUGAGAAGGUUUGCUUGAUCUCCUUAAGGGUCUCUUUGCCGUUUUCCCUGAAUUAAAGGUGAACAUAGAGAUUCUUGGUUCUUUUAUUCACUUGGGGAGUUUUAGUCUGUAACAAUGGACAGGGUUAUCUAACGCUUCAAACUCUGUUGUGCUUUUUUAAGUGAAAACUUUAAAAUGGGAUAGAUGUUCUUUUGAUCUGUAAGAUGUUCUGAAAACCAUGAUAUGUUCACCCUAUUUCAAAGGCUCAGACUCUGAUAUGUAAACGGUGUGCAAUUAGAUACUGUCAUCGAGUUUAAAACAGAGCCUUUCAGUUAUGAGUAAUUUGCAGCGCCCCUGCGAGGCUGGUGGCCGUAUUCAUUGUGGUAUGUAGCCCGUAAAAGCAUUUCAGCCUCUCACACGUGAAACGAACUAGAAGUUCUUAGGGGUGGCUUGUAUUAGCAAAGAGCCUUAUUUCAAAAACUUAGGUGUAAUUUUGCAUGCGAAGUACACGCUGGAUGGACCACCAGCUACUACUGACUACAGGCUGGGGCAAGCCACCCUCUUUACAGUGUUUGCCCUUUCCAUUACUGUGGUCAACAGUGGGAGCACUGAUUUAAAGAGGUGGCUUGGGAAUGCUUCAUUGCCACAGUACAAUUUAAUGGUGCAGAACAAAAUGGGGGGAGUGGUAGUUACUGUUUUUAAAGAAUAGAUGGAAACAAAAUUUUAAAGAAUUUAGAUGGACUCUAAAUUCUCAUGAUUAAAAAUGAGUUUCGUCUACUUCAAAAGUUUGCUUCCGUCUUUAGCAUCCAGUUUUCUUAAGUGAAAAUAGAAUUGGUAGGCAUUUGUUUUUAAACAGAAAUUAGAGUUUAGAUGAAUAUUUAGGUGUUCUAUGGGACAAACUGGACCCUAAUAUUAUCACUGUGCUUGACAUGGUUUCCAAAAAAUGGUACUCGACAUACUUUCAUGAGGGUAAACACUUUUCUGUCGCCA